CCGGCUUCCAGUGGCCUCCUCACUCUGCGCGCUGCCGCAACCAACCCUUUCCCCAAAUCGACACCCACCUUUUGCAUCACCGGCACGAGCGAGACCGAAAUUUAUAUCAACAAUCACAGCGGCGAGCCAUUCGUUAUUAGCACGCCGAUCGCACACAAUCGAGAAUUGUUCGAACGUCGCCUAAGUUCGCGAAAGACGCCAUCAGCAGCCGCAAGCCACUCCGGCGUUCUCCGCAUCCAUACACGAGAAGAAGGAAAUCUCGCACUAAUCACACACAGGCACAAUAAUCAAGAUGAAAUUCAAUCUGCUGUGUAUAUUUGGGUUGGUGUGUCUUAUUGCCCUCUGCAAUGCACGUCCAGCAGAUGAGGAAUACGCCGAAUAUGGAGAAGAACCAGCGCCUGCACCUGCCCCGAAACCAACGCGUCCAAAUCCUUUGAAAAACAGGCGCAACCCGCUGGCGGGUAGGUCGAAUGGCAAGGCAAGCACUACCACCACUGCUGCUCCAGCCAAGGUGGAAGAAAGUGAAAUUGACGAGGAGCCGCUCGACGAGAACAUCGGCGGCGAGGCGGCGGUGCCCACGACUGAAGUGCCGAAGAAGUUCAAGGCAGGCAGCGUGCGCCCUUUCCGCAGCAAUGAUGAUCUCUUAGCGGCGUUGAAACGCCGUAGGGAACAAGCUGCUACCCAUAAAUCAGCCCCGAAAGCAGUGCAUCAAGAAGAGGAAUCUGGUCCGGUUGAAGCAACUCCAGCGCCAAGCAAGAACCGUGUCAACAACGGCCGCAAACGAUUCAAUCACAAUAAAGCUGGAGCAUCAGCGGAAGCCAGCAAUCCCGAAGAAAACGCCGCUACACCUGCGCCCGCGAGAGCGGCAAGGAGGUUUCCGGGCCGGAACUAAGCACAGUUUGUUGCAAACAAAAGAGAUUUAAGUCAUUCUAGUAUACUACGUUUUAUGUGAAAGUUAAUUAAGGGACGAAAUUUUGAGGAAUGUGACGAAAUCAAUAUUUAUUUCGAGAAGAUAACGGAACUUGAUACGAUCUAAAACUAUGUUCAAUGUUUUUGUGAGACGAGAAAAAUGAAAAUUUCAAAUGAUUUGAUUAUUAUUGUAAUUCUAAGGAUUUCAUUGUGUUGAUUUUUUUUUGUAAAUAUACAAAAUUUAAAAAAAGUAACCUUAAACAUCCGUAAACAAAUCGUGACUUACGUUUGUUGAUUUUCUUCUUAUUGGAAUGCGUGGCCGUUGUUUAUUGCGCUUACUUAUAAUGAAUUACUCGUAAGUGUGGCCGAUGAUUUGAAUCGGAGAUGCGCCAUCGGACCAUCACUUUCGCCACCUUCUUCGUGACGACUUUCUCUGCACUGCACUCGCCGCACGCGGCCGUAAUUCUCCGCCUUCUAUAAAUAAAUGUAAAAAUAAAUAAAUACACCAGAAGUGACACCAAGGCUUUAUCCUGUCAUCGUUUUCGAUUCGGGGUGCGGCGGAUUACCUACGCAAUGAAUUACCAAAACGAUUACGUUUGUAACUUACGGAAGGAAGAGGAAUUGCAAAAAAGGCGGAAAUGCCUUGAUAUUUAUUUUUAAAGUGGUGGAUUUGAACGGAAAUAGAAACAAUCGCUACUGGUCUUGAAAUUGUCACAUAUAAAUUAUGUUACUGAUCAUUAAUGACAUAGAACCUUGAUAUAGAUAAGUUAUUAGCAAUUUAUGCUAAACUUCCUAGAUUUACAAUGUUUCAUUAUCAGAAUUUGCAUUAAUCUAAUGUAAAAAGGUUAACGAGCCUUUGACGUAAAAAAUAAAUAAAAUUUUGAUUUUUGCUUCUAAAAUUUAAAAA